UUCAAAGCUCAGAGCUUUCACACCAUCACAUAUUCCACCACCUCUGUUAUCUUUAACAUUCAUAUCGUUGACGCAUCAGAUACAUACUACAAUCAGAAGCCAUUCUUCCUCCUCCCUUCUUCCUUCUUCCUUCUUCCUUCUUCCUUCUCCCUUCUUCCUUACCGUAGCUUUGUUCCACAAACACAUCCACAUCCAUCUACAUCCACAUUCGCAUUCACAGUACGACGUACUGCUCUCUACAAUUUCUUGAUGCCGCUUUUUAACAGACCCAUUGAACGUACCUUAAUUACCCUUACAGUAUCACUGCUUGCUGUCCAACCCUCGAUCGCGAACACUUGAUGAACUCAGUCUCCGUGUCUUCGUGUUAUCCAUUCGAUCUGUGCCAACCUGGUCGUCUUCAAAGCAGCGAGCCCAGCCCAGGUUGUAUAAGCCUUUACCGCUAAUGCCGGGAUUUCCAAGGUUUUUGCUUCACCUCACCAUGAAAAGAAAAAGAACAAGAUAAUUGAUAGAGCAAAGAGGCCGAAGGUGAGUGAAUGUUGUGACACCCAGCCUCCGCGAUUUCUCACCACCGAGUCAAUCUCUAUUUUAUCAGAUCUUGUGGUUUGCAUAUUCUCUUACCUUUGCUAUCCAUCCACAUCGCACGCUAAUCAUGUUAUCUCAACUCGAGUGAGCUCCAAAGUCGUUGCUCCACUGAUUCGCCUGGCGCAAACCUCGAGUUGGGAAAAUAUUGAUGACGAUAAGUGAAGUAAAAAUAACAGCUCACAACUUCAACAUUCGACCAACAAAGUCCGCCUUUGAAUACUAUUUGCUGCGUUUGGUAUGAUUUAUUGAAAUUAGAGAAAUAUUUACCUUUCGAUCUUUGGAUAUCUUUAAACUUCAUUUUCACACCGGCUUAUCUAGAAUUGGAAGGAAGGGGCAUUCGUCACGACCUAAAAAAUGGCAGCACCAUAUUGGGGGCAACUGCCUCCUCCAAAGGUCUCAAGGCAAGGCUCAAUUGGCUCUUCUGCAGAUCCAAAUUCGAGAAAGAGCAGUCUGUCUGUCGAUACAAAAAUGGACCGACUCUCCUCUCAAGACCCAAGACGCAUUCGAGAGUCGACACAAACGGAAGCUCCUACGAUUUCUACACAAAGUCCAUUUACUUCUCCAGUUGCUUCGACCUUUCGCGGAGAUGGCUUAGCCCCUCGACCACCCUCGUUCCCAUAUAAUACCUCCAGCACAUCCUACGAUAACGACUACUUGGAGAAGAGGAGAAAGCGCGAAGAAAGUCGUAACAAGGAUAACUUGUAUGAAUUCAAUCCUGCAGUUUCACCUCCAACUGUUGCAGAUAUAUCUCGAGCACACCCAUCAGGUAGUUAUAGAGAACCCGUUGCUAGUGGAGCAUUAUUCACAGAUCAAGCUCCGGCGAGAUCGAGGGCGGCUCGCAAGUCAGACGGUGCCGAUACUAUAAAAUCUCAGGAAACAAACUGGGAAGUUCUUGGCACAUCUUCUCCUAUAAGUGAAAGAGACAGCCUUCAAAGAUCCGGUACAGCUGGCAGAGGUGACGGCAAAGGCUCCUCACGCAGGGGAGGUCACACGCCGACUAAGGAUCCCCCUAGACGCAGUCAGACAGCUGUUUCAGAAACGAGGAGGCCUUCUUAUUCCGAGGCGACAGAAGUUCAACGACGGAAAGAGUGGGCAUCAGACAGGUCUCCUCUACAGAGGUUGGAAUUGACUCUUGAUAGCAUCACGAAAGAGGAAAAACGAGCACGUGUAGAAGAAGCCGAGCGACUGAUCAAAGAAAAAGGAGGGAAGUCCACACGUCCUAUUGAGCAGCCUGCUCAAAAUACGGUCCGCUUCAGAAAUCGUCCUGUUGCCAAAGCACCGGAGGGAGGUUUGCUGCCAGAAAGGCGGCUGGUCACAGAAAGCCUUCCGCGGACAUCAAGUAUUAAAUCAAAGGAAAGUCUAUCACGCAGUGGAUCUGUACUGGAGAGGAUACCGAUCACGCAUGCGUCACAACCGAUUGGGUUGAUUAGUCAGGAAAGGAGCCCUAUCGUCAGUCGUGAGACUGAGAGUAGUUCAAUCCCAAAACGCACGUCUAGUAAAAAACAGAAGUCCGGAUCACUAACCGCAGGCGGAGCUGUAGCUGCAGCCGAAGCCGCUAAUUCUCUUUACCGAAGCAAAAGCAAUAAAUUGAGAAAAGAUCCACCGCUAGAUCAUUGGAGCCGACACCAAAGUGAGACUGAAAUGCAUCCUGAGGACGACGUGCUACCUAGUCUUACUAGUGGUCGCCAGGUUCCGUCGGCACCUUCUCGAAGAGCAACUGCGCCUACCGCAUCGAGAAAUUUACCGGCUCGUGGGCCUGAGUUGCGUGACGAGUCUUCGUACGACUCCGAAGAUGAUAUGAAGGCUCUUCCUUUUAGGCGGGGUUCGAAACGAAAGAUGGAGCAAGUGACUGGACAGAACCAAUCAUUGAAGCAUUCUUCAUCCGCCAAAUAUCAUCGCGAAGCAAUCCCUGCUUCCUCGCGAGAUGCGGGUCCACCCAUAGCUGGUGAUGGUUCUAUUGAUCACGAGGAGCAUCAUCAUCGCUUUGGUGAAAUGUUCCAUCACCAUCAUAACUAUGAACCAGGAAAUGGAUUAUAUGCCCCCCCGCAACGCCUUAAGGAGUGGAAGAAGGGUGAGAAGGCUUUGUUGGCGGGAAAUCUGUUGGACCUUGAAGAAGAGGCAAGCGAAAAUGAAAAUGGUCCUAAGCCGGCUUGGCGCGAGGCUGGUCUCGGUAGGAAACGCUCCGUUCGACAAAAGAAGGCAGAAGCUUACGAUGGAGAAUAUGAUGACAAUAAUGGUAUAGUACCUUUAGCUUUUGGUUCCAUGGAAGACUGUGCUGGAUGUAUUGCCGAGCAGCAUUUAUCACUUAAAACCCGCAGCUCUACCGGAUUUGUUAAGUUCCGACCGAAACACAAAUCAGGUUAUGCGAGCAAAUUGGUUGCUGCAAACCAAUCAUCUGACAGACAGAAAUCCCCUUCUACCCCCACUCGUGGUCCAGAUCACUCGCUAACGUGUGCAAUGCGGGUCAUCCGCGUGCGUCCUGAUAUAGCUCCUACUAGAUUCAAACCACCGCUAUUGCUAAAGUGCGGACCCCUUUUACGUUACUAUGGUAUACGCACCGAAAAAACCUCAAGCCGUUCGGUGGCUCGUGGCCCUUUACCAGAACGCGAAGUCUGGAGAGGCAGUGUCAUGAUUGUGACUCAAGACUCGAGUUCAUCCUACGAACUUGCUCCGACACUACGUCUCUUUUUGCAGCCUGUUGAUUUAUUACCACCACCGCCUGCACAAGUUGAUGGCGAAGAACUUGCUCCAGAGUAUAUUGACCCAAUUGCAGGAUUGACCAAAAUUGGGCGAGAUGGUAGAACGCUCUACACUCGUCCUGUUGAACAACUCCCAGAAGGAAAAGAUCUUUCACAGAUCGAAACAAACGAGGGACUUUUCGAGUCUCGUCGAAGUCAUCUCGACGGAAAUACGGAUCCGAAACGGAGGCGGAGAAGAGACCAAUAUGAUGGUGAAAAAGCUGGAAAGUUUAAAGAAGUGCGAGGAUUCCGUCUGCAUGCAGACAAAGGAUUUACAUUCUGGAGAUUCAAUAUUGAAGUGGAGUUACGUAGCAAGCAACAGAGGAUUGCUUAUCGUAUCAACCGUGGUCCAGCUACUGGUUUCUGGGUUCCUGCUCGCGGACAAUCAAUGAACAUAAUGUUCCAUAGCUGUAACGGGUUCACCAUGGAUGUCCAUCCAAAUGACUUUAGUGGACCCGAUCCUUUGUGGAGAGAUGUUUUGAACACUCAUCAAACACAACCAUUUCAUGUCAUGCUCGGGGGUGGUGAUCAGCUUUACAAUGAUCAUAUGAUGGAACGGACUACCCUCUUUAAGGAAUGGCUCAAUAUCAAAAACCCUCUACGGAAAGAGGCGUUACCGUUCACACCAGAGAUGCAAGACGAAAUGGAGCAUUUCUAUUUAGACAGCUACUGCAUGUGGUUCUCACAAGGUCUUUUCGGGGUAGCCAAUUCGCAGAUUCCUAUGAUCAACAUUUUUGAUGAUCAUGACAUUAUAGAUGGAUUCGGUUCAUAUCCUGAUACUUAUAUGAAGUGCCCGGUCAUGUCUGGUUUGGGUAGCGUAGCGUUCAAGUACUAUAUGCUCUUUCAACAACAAAGUAGUAUUGAUGAAGGGGAAGAAACAGAGCCUAGUUGGAUUUUGGGAGCACAACCAGGACCAUAUAUCUCUGAGUUAAGUCGCAGCAUUUUCACUGGGCUGGGUCGUGGCAUCUCAUUCCUUGGCAUUGAUUGUCGCACGGAACGAAUGAAUGACGAAAUUGUUACUGCCGAAACAUAUACGAAGAUUUUUGAUCGGCUUGAAAGAGACAUUAUUAAGGGCCAGACGAAGCAUCUUAUUGUAUUACUUGGGGUACCAAUUGCUUAUCCAAGAAUGGUCUGGCUUGAGACUCUGUAAGUAAAAUCCAGUGGCCUGUUUUCAUUUCUAAUAAAUGUUUAGUCUUACGUCGAAAGUUAUGACCCCAUUGAAGGCCAUGGGCCGUGCUGGAUUAUUAGGGAAAAGUCUUAUGAAUCACUUUGAUGGUGGUGUUGAAAUUCUUGAUGAUCUCGAUGAUCACUGGACAGCAGCUCACCAUAAGGAGGAGCGAAAUUGGUUGAUUCAAGAAUUACAAGACUUAGCAGCCGAGAAGUCUGUCCGAAUCUCCAUUUUAGGGUGUGUAUGAUCUUUCCUAAAUACUCCUACAUAAAGCUAACAUGUACAGUGGUGAUGUCCAUCUCGGUGCUAUCGGCCAAUUCUACUCAAACCCCAAGUUGAAGAUUCCAAAGGACCAGGAUUACCGCUAUAUGACAAACAUCAUAUCUUCUGCCAUUGUCAAUGCACCACCGCCAGACAUGCUUGCUGAUAUUCUAAACAAACGCAACAAAGUACACCAUUUUGAUGCCGACACUGACGAAGACAUGAUCCCAAUAUUCACUCAUGAUGUGGAUGGUAAACCUAGGAACAAUAAACGCCUACUCAACCGCAGGAAUUGGUGCUCGAUACGGGAGUACAAUCCAUCUCUAACUCGUUCUAAUUCACCGGAUGCCACUACUUCUUAUGAUGGCAGUAUUUCACCACCUAGGCGCGGUCUACUGCGUCGCUUCACUACCAAAGGUCCUUCAUAUCGUCCUGAUGCACCGCCUUUAUCAAAUGCUUCAUUCUUCAAUAGACGUCCAUCAUUAUCACGUCCAUCAUUGUCCUUAUCGCGCCAAAAUUCUACCGAGUCUGCAAGACCAGGAAGCUUGAAAAGAACAUUGUCAUUAACACGAAAGGAUUUUACAGGGUUAUUUCGGCGGAGCAGUAAGCGUAGAGACUCUGGUGGUAUCAAUGGAUACGGGUCAGAAAGUGAAGACGAUCUAUCUCACAACCCUAAUCUUGACGGACCAACAACUAUCCGUGGAGGAGCUGGCGACGAGUACUAUGCGUUUGAAAAUGAACUUCCUCGGGCAGCCACCUACUCGGAAAAACAAGCUGCAACCUCAAUUGCGGGAAGUCAACCACAAGCACCUGUCUUUACACAAGACCGAUUUCAUCGGACUCCCACUGGUCUGUCCGAAAGACAGAUCCGAAAGGGCAAUUAUCAAAAUGUCAACUUGGAGGGUGGCUUGGAUAUUUGUUUGAAUGUUGAGGUCAAUCAAAAGGAUCCUGCUGGUAUUACUAUGCCGUACAGAUUGUUGGUUCCGGCACUUUGGUAUGAGGAUGAUAUGGGCGAUGAGGCGGCGAAGAGAAAAAGAGAGUAUGAUUUGGUUCUGUGGUUGAAGAAGAGAACGGCGAGUAAGGGCCAGAAGGUGGAUAGUGGGAAGAGGCUUGGUACUGUUGGAAAUGAGGAGAUGAGGGGGUUGAAUGGUUAGGCGAUGAAACUUAUGACGAUACGAAGGCUUAUGGAUGAUCAAUGAGGCGAGUGAGUGAGAGAAAGCAACAGUGCAAUACCCUACUUUUUUUUGGCGAAAAGUAUUUACUACUUUGCUUGGUGUAUCAUUUUCCUCUUUUUCUUUUCUUGUAUUUUUCUCAUUAUUUUAUCCGAGGUUAUCACUGAGAAAACUCGGCACUUGAUUUUAGGCUCGGCGGGAUGGGAGAGGAUUUCGGGCAGAGGUGGAAGGAAAAGGGCAGGAUGAAAGGAAAGGGAAUAUGAUACUUAUAAAUGGGGAGGGGUUGUCAAAAUAGGAUUUAUGCACGCAUAGGUAAAUAGGUGGUUUGUCACAUCUGAAAUAUCAGAAAUUGACUCUUAGGUUCAAGGAAUGAAUGGGAUGAGAUACUUGAUAAAUGGUGAAAAGUGGAUUGGACUUUUAGGUCUUCUAGCUUGGAUGGGAAUAUGGAGUUUCAAUGUCCAGAGCUAAUUAGAAGAUUAUUGAGCUUGAGUUGGUUGGGCAAGCUUGGAAUUAGGAUUGGAGGAUGAUUAGAUUAGAUUAGAUUAGAUGAGAUGAGAGUAUUAUUUUUAUCAUGCUC